CUUAUUAUUUCUUUAUAGUUUUAGCCAAAACUCAACCCAACUGCUUCUACUGUUACAAUAUAUUCUUCAAACGUGACUUGGCAAAGACGUUAUUUUUCUUUUACUUUCUAAUCUCUAAAGGAUUUGGCAUCAGCGAAUAAGUAAAAAAAGGAACAAGAAAAAAACUACAACAAUAUAUUUUAUUACUUAUAAAAAAUCCCAGAUUCUAUUACUGAUAACAAAAAGAAAAAACCAACAGCAAAUAACUGCUUAAGUAAAGGAAAAAUACAGAAAUUUUAUUUCAACACACACACACACAAAACUCAUUAAAUAUGGAGGCUACCAAUGGUGCUGCUGCAGCUGCGGCCAAUGCUGCUGCUGCCGCCGCUGCAAAGCGUGUUCAAAUUGAAAAGGCUCACAAUUUUAUGCGUCAAUAUCGUGAUCCUGAAUCGAGAGAAUUAAAGAAAUUGUCAGCAAAUCAAUUUAUGGAUGUAUGGGCACAUUACGAUAAAGAUGGUAAGUUUGAUUUGGCUGUCACUGACACAAUGUUGGGAGAAUUGAAAUCAUGUUUUAUGGAGGCCUACGAUGAUAAUCAAGAUGGUAAAAUUGAUAUUAGAGAGUUGGCCCAGUUAUUACCCAUGGAAGAAAAUUUCCUGCUAUUGUUCCGUUUUGAUAAUCCUCUAGAAUCCAGUGUGGAAUUUAUGAAGGUAAAAAAAUGGCGUGAAUAUGAUACCGAUAACUCUGGCUACAUUGAAGCUGACGAACUAAAAAAUUUCCUACGUGAUUUACUCAAAGAGGCCAAGAAAAUAAAUGAUGUUUCAGAAGAUAAAUUAAUUGAAUACACAGAUACCAUGUUGGCCCAGUUAUUACCCAUGGAAGAAAAUUUCCUGCUAUUGUUCCGUUUUGAUAAUCCUCUAGAAUCCAGUGUGGAAUUUAUGAAGAUCUGGCGUGAAUAUGAUACCGAUAACUCUGGCUACAUUGAAGCUGACGAACUAAAAAAUUUCCUACGUGAUUUACUCAAAGAGGCCAAGAAAAUAAAUGAUGUUUCAGAAGAUAAAUUAAUUGAAUACACAGAUACCAUGGUGAGUUUUGGCAAUGGUUAUAUUGAAGGCACUGAAUUGGAUGGUUUCCUACGCGAAUUUGUAUCUAGUGCCAAUGCCACUGAUAUAAGUCCUGAGCUUUAA